UUUUCCCAGCCAGGCUCCUGCAGAUACCCGGGAGCCCCGCUGCUCUCUGGCUCCUCGGCUCGUGGCUGUGGGUCCCACCAGGCCCGCCCUCCGCACGUCGCUCCGAGACCCCCGUGGGCCCCGCACCCUCUGCCCGCCAGGCCGGGGCCACAGCCCCCCCAGUCGCCUCUCUCGUCACUGCUGCCGCUGCAUCUCCAGCUCUUCUAAGACGACAUGCCGUCGGGCUUCCAACAGAUCUGCUCCGAAGAUGGGGAGCCCCCUCGGCAGCAAGUGACUGGGACCCUGGUCCUCGCUGUAUUCUCUGCUGUGCUUGGCUCCCUGCAAUUUGGCUACAACAUUGGGGUCAUCAAUGCCCCGCAAAAGGUGAUUGAGCAGAGCUACAAUGAGACAUGGCUGGGGAGGCAGGGGCCUGAAGGACCCAGCUCCAUCCCACCAGGCACCCUCACCACCCUCUGGGCUCUCUCAGUGGCCAUCUUUUCUGUGGGCGGCAUGGUUUCCUCCUUCCUCAUUGGCAUCGUCUCUCAGUGGCUCGGAAGGAAAAGGGCUAUGCUGGUCAACAAUGCCUUGGCAGUACUGGGGGGCACCCUCAUGGGUCUGGCCAACGCUGCUGCCUCCUAUGAGAUGCUCAUUCUUGGACGGUUCCUCAUUGGCGCCUACUCAGGGCUGACGUCGGGGCUGGUGCCCAUGUACGUGGGGGAGAUUGCCCCCACUCACCUGAGGGGUGCUUUAGGGACACUCAACCAACUGGCCAUCGUCACUGGCAUCCUGAUCGCCCAGGUACUGGGCUUGGAGUCCAUGCUGGGCACUGCCACCCUGUGGCCAUUGCUCCUGGGCAUCACAGUACUACCCGCCCUCCUCCAGCUAGUCCUGCUGCCCUUCUGUCCUGAGAGCCCUCGCUACCUCUACAUCAUCCGGAACUUGGAGGGGCCAGCCAGAAAGAGUCUGAAACGCCUGACAGGCUGGGCUGAUGUGUCUGGAGCACUGGCUGAGCUGAAGGAUGAAAAGCGGAAACUGGAGCGCGAGCGGCCACUGUCCCUACUCCAGCUCCUGGGCAGCCAUACCCACCGGCAGCCCCUGAUCAUUGCCGUUGUGCUGCAACUGAGCCAGCAGCUCUCAGGCAUCAAUGCUAUUUUCUAUUAUUCGACCAGCAUCUUCGAGACGGCAGGGGUAGGGCAGCCAGCCUAUGCAACCAUAGGAGCUGGUGUGGUCAAUACAGUCUUCACCUUGAUCUCGGUGUUCUUCGUGGAGCGGGCAGGGCGUCGGACACUCCAUCUCCUGGGCCUGGCGGGCAUGUGUGGCUGUGCCAUCCUGAUGACAGUGGCUCUGCUUCUGCUGGAGCGGGUUCCGGCCAUGAGCUAUGUCUCCAUCGUGGCCAUCUUUGGUUUUGUGGCAUUCUUUGAGAUCGGGCCUGGCCCCAUCCCCUGGUUCAUCGUGGCUGAGCUCUUCAACCAGGGACCUCGCCCAGCAGCCAUGGCUGUGGCUAGCUUCUCCAACUGGACCUGCAACUUCAUCAUUGGCAUGGGUUUCCAGUAUGUUGCGGACGCCAUGGGCCCUUACGUCUUCCUUCUGUUUGCGGCCCUCCUGCUGGGCUUCUUCAUCUUCACCUUCUUAAGAGUGCCUGAGACCCGCGGCCGCACGUUCGACCAGAUCUCCGCCACCUUCCGCCGGACGCCCUCUCUUUUAGAGCAGGAGGUGAAACCCAGCACGGAACUGGAGUACUUAGGGCCAGAUGAGAAUGACUGAGGGGCAAAGCAGGGGUGGGAGAGCCAGCUUCUCUUCCUCCCUGAGACCCCUCCUUUCCUCUGCGGCACUUUAGCCCUCUCCUCCCCAUUACUUCCAGGGUGGGGACGACCCCUGCAGCCUGGCAGAGUGGGGAAGCUAGAGGGAAGGGUGGUCUGAGCACCCCGUCAUUCCCCUUGUGUGACUCUCGGAUUAUUUAUGUGUUGUGGUUAGGCUGUGGACAUCAGGGUGGGCCAUUCCCCCCUCCCCCUUCCUCCCCACCCCCACCGUGACUCAGCUCCAGAAUACUUUUGUCUCCUGCUAGGGAAGGGGGAUUGGAGGGAGGAAAAGCUCUGGACUUUUUCAGUGGGAAAAACUGAAGGAGAGAGCAGGAUAUGAACCAAGAAAUCGAGUUUCCCUCCACCUUGGACUCCUCCCAUGGACUCGGAUUUCCACUGAAUUCUUGCCACAUAGACUCUGGGUGAAGGGGGUUCUGUCUCGACCCCUCCAGGGCAAAGGACGCACCCUCCCAAAGUCUAAACUCUCUCCCUGCAGGCUCAGCCUUCCAGGGUGAGAGGGAACACAGAAGUACAUGUCCCGCUAUGGCAAGAGGAAAGGGACAGCAGGCUCCUGCCUGUAGACUUAGGACCUGGGGCCCUACCCCAAUUGCUCCCCAAGGCUGCCAAGUAGGGACCCCAGCUCUUUCUUCUCCCAUUCUGGAAGUGCACUGUACCCCACAGGCUGUUGACCAACUAAGGGAAAGGGGAUCUGAAAGGUUGCCUGUAAACACUGGGCUGGGAGGAGCCUUGGGAUAUAUUUGUAUAUGUUUGAAAAGGGGGUAGAGAGAAAGCAAAGGUCUGUUGUACUAAAUGUGUAUAUAUAGAUACCUCUAUAAAGUCACUGUAUGAAAA